CCCACUCGCUCCUCUACUCACCCACUCACUCACUCACUCACUCACUCACUCACAGUAAUGGAGCGCCUAACCCUCUCCUUCCUCUUCGUCUUCUUCCUCCUCCUCCUCUCCCCAAGCUUCCCUGUUGUUACAAAGGCUGGUUCCAUUGGUGUCAACUAUGGCAGAAUCGCCAACAAUCUCCCUUCCGCCGUCAAGGUCGUUAACCUCCUCAAAUCCCACGCCCUUCAAAGGGUCAAGGUUUACGACACCGAUCCGGCCGUUCUCAGAGCCAUUUCCGGCUCUGGCAUUAAAGUCACCGUCGAUUUGCCCAACGAACUCCUCUUCGCCGCCGCCAAACGCCUCACCUUCGCCUACACAUGGGUCGAAAAGAACAUCGUCGCCUACUACCCUUCCACGGAAAUCGAAGCCAUUGCUGUCGGCAACGAAGUCUUUGUUGACCCACAUAACACGACGUCGUUUCUCAUUCCGGCCAUGAAGAACAUUCACCAAGCCCUCGUUAAAUACAACCUCCAUUCCUCCAUUAAAGUCUCUUCUCCUAUAGCCUUAAGCGCCCUGCAAAACUCUUACCCUUCCUCCGCCGGUUCAUUCCGUCCGGAGCUUAUCGAAUCGGUUUUCCGGCCAAUGCUGGAGUUUCUCCGGCAGACUGGCUCUUAUUUGAUGGUUAACGCUUACCCAUUUUUCGCUUACGAGUCUAACUCCGAUGUGAUUUCUUUAGACUACGCUCUUUUCCGGGAGAACCCCGGCGUGGUGGAUGCCGGUAGCGGUUACCGGUACUUCAGUUUAUUCGACGCCCAAAUCGACGCCGUUUUCGCCGCCAUGUCGGCUCUGAAAUACGACGACAUUAAAAUGGUGGUUACCGAAACUGGGUGGCCGUCUAAAGGCGACGAGAACGAGAUUGGCGCUAGUGUCGAAAACGCCGCCGCAUACAACGGGAAUCUGGUCCGGCGGAUUUUGAGCGGCGGCGGAACUCCAUUGCGGCCGAAAGCAGAUCUGACCGUCUAUUUAUUCGCCCUUUUCAACGAAAACAAAAAGAACGGUCCCACAUCGGAAAGAAACUACGGCUUAUUUUACCCUAACGAAGAAUCAGUUUACGAUAUCCCUUUCACAACAGAGGGGUUGAAAGACUACCACGACAAACCAUCGCCGUCGCCGUCGCCGGCUACCGGUGGCGACGGGAAGUCCGGACCAGUCAACGGCGGUGGGAAUGUUUCAAAAAGUCAAACGGGGAAUACGUGGUGCGUUGCGAGUGGUGAAGCGGGGAAAGAGAAGCUGCAGGCGAGUCUAGAUUAUGCUUGUGGUGAAGGAGGGGCGGAUUGCCGUCCAAUCCAAGUGGGUGCCACGUGUUACAAUCCUAACACGCUUGAGGCACAUGCUUCGUAUGCUUUCAAUAGUUAUUAUCAGAAGAACGGGCGAAAGACUGGCACGUGUUACUUUGGAGGGGCGGCUUACGUAGUCACGCAACCACCGAAGUAUGGGAGCUGUGAAUUCCCGACAGGGUAUUGAAGUUGAAGGGACAACGGAGAGAAAAAAA